AUGAAGGCACUGAAAGCUCACACACUGCCCAAGUAUCCAUAUCCACGUGUGAUCCAGCAGCAGCAGCAGCAGCAGCAGCAGCAGCAGCAGCAGCAGCAGCAGCAGCAGCAGCAGCAACAACAGCAGCAGCAUCCGCAGCAGCAACAGCAGCAGCACCAGCAGCAGCAGCGGCAGCAGCGGCAGCAGCGGCAGCAGCAACAGCAGCAGCAGCAGCAGCAGCAGCAACAGCAGCAGCAUCCGCAGCAGCACCAGCAGCAGCACCAGCAGCAACAGCGGCAGCAGCGGCAGCAGCAACAGCAGCAGCAGCAGCAGUAACAGCAGCAGCAACAACAACAACAUUAGCAACAGCAACACCGGCAGCGGCAGCAGCAGCAGCAGCAGCAGCAGAAGCAGCAGCAGCAGCAGCAGUAGUAGUAAUAGUAGUAGCAAGUAGUAGUAGUAGUAGUAGUAGUAGCAGCAGCAGAAGUACUUGCUCUGGUUGUUAUUGUUGAAGGAAGUAAAAGCAGCAAUACCAACAAGAGCAGCAAGAUCAGAGACGGCAACAGCAGCAGCAGCACCAGCAGCAGCAGCAGCAGCAGCAGCAGCAGCAGCAGCAGCAACAGCAGCAUAUUAAGUGUAAUAAUCUCCAACAGAUAAAAUACGCGGUGAGAAGGAACACGAGGCAUCCUGGACAAACACCUGUCCACCUCGGCCCUGCAGGAGCACCUCACCGGCCAGUGUUCUUUCAGUGUUAAUUCACAUCUCAGUCCUUUAUGUAUUGUUGUGGCGGCGAGGCAAUACGCCUUGAGGAACGCCACGCGCCAGACAUUCCUUCCCGGGCUGGUUUUCAACCUACGUCUGUCUUCACUUGUUAAAUAUAAAUGUGUAGCAAGAAAGACAAUUACCGUCUUUCCUUCAGUAUUUAAAACUACUAAUGUCUUUAAACAUUUGGCAUCCUUUAAUCCAUGCUUCCAUUUUUGGCAUUAUUUUGGUUUCCUGCUGUAGAUUUUACGUUCAUUAUAAGAGUGAAAUGUACUCGCAAGUAUGAAAAAUUGCGAUAUCUCUAAACACAGCCCAUCACAGGUCAAACUUAGCCUGGUGCCACAGAAAGUUUGAUAAAACUAGAAAAUAACAAUUUUUCUUUACUUUACAAUGCUUUCUGGAAACAAAGGCAAUUCCUGGAGUAUGAGGAAUCCCUGUUCUCUUUUUUCGUCCCGGUGGAGGAAACACAAAGACGCUCAUUCUCAUUCUAGAUUUACACCUUCACCACCACCACCACCACCAUAAAUAAAAUAAAAAAAUACACAUAAAUCUCUUGAACACGUGAUGCCAGACCUUUAGAAGAUUAGAUAUAUUUCUGGAUAGUUGGGAUGAGUGCACACAGGUUUGCAAGUCUUAUACAAGAACUGCCGCCUGUGGACGGAGUAAUAAGACAGUCUUCUGCAGAAGAUAAAAAAAGGAGGAGGAAUAGGAGGAAGAACACAGCAACAUUCUCACAUGCAUAGUUGAAGUUGAAGUGUGGAUGUCUGAAGCAGAAGCCUUGCCUGGCACUUUCACAAUCAGUCCCCUGUUAGCGUACUUUCCUUUCAUGAACCCCUGGAACUUUUUUCCCUCUCAUCUCAAGGCGUCGCUAAACACAACCCAUCACAGGUCGAACUUAGCCUGGUGCCACAGAAAGUUUGACCAGUCGUAGUUUACAUAUAUAUGUUUCUUCCUCUGAUGGCGGUGACGCUGCUGUUUCUUCCUCCGAUAACAGUGGUGGUAAUUCUUUUUCUUUGCUUCUUUUUCUUGUUUUCUUCCUCUGAUGGCGGUAAUGCUGCUGCUGCUGCUUCUUCUUCCUCUGAUGGCGUUGCUUCCUGUUCUUGUUCUUCUAAGACAUUUUGGUGGUCUGAAUUGGUUGGUGAUAGGGUAUUCAGAGUGGGGAUAGUAGGAGUACUGCACACUCACCUCCCUUGCUCCCCAGUCAUAAUUCAAGUCAGGUUGGUGGAAGA